AUGGGGCAUCGGCCCCAACCUUCAGUCCUCGCGCCACUCAGUGUGGCCGGAAUCCGCAGACGAAUCCCGUCCGCGGAGCAGGUAGACGUCCCGCCGGAUCACCGCUUCGGCCCAAUACGGGUGGACACCACCCCGCCACGACCACGGCCAGCCGAGGCCGCCCGCACGCCUGCCGACCAGGGCAAGCAGCCAGACACGGAUCAGGGACCGCCGCCUUUGGUCCCGCUACACCCCCACCCGGAAGCAGACCACAGAAGGGAGGCCAUCACCACGGGCAGCGCCACAGACAGCCGGCCCGUCGACGCGUCCGCACACUGGCCAGUCGCCCACGACGCCCACCGGCAACCAGGGGCAACCACCACGGGCAGCGCCUCGAGCAGCCGCCCCGUCGACACGCCCGCACACCGGCCGGGCCACCACAACAACGUCUACCGGCCACAUCACCCCAUCACCACGGGCGACGCCGCGAUCCAGGCUGUAGCAGCACCGGACCCAGACGUCGAGGUGGAAGCGGCGCUACGAGAGUGCCUAGGCGACCUUCCACCCGACGUACUGGAGGAGAUGGCCCACGGGGCAGAGGGAUUGGACCUGGAGGACCUUUUCGGAGAGUCUCCCGACGAGGACGGGCCGGAUUAUGAGGAGAUCUCCAGCGACGAGGGAGUGGAGGCCGAGAUCAUCCAGAUCUCAGACUCCGACGACGCCGAGCCAAGCUUCAGACCGCCGGGCACCCCGCCACCGGCGUACGAGGAUAUUUUCGGGCCGGGCCCGUAUGCCACCAGCUGCCCGAUACCCACUUGCGCGGCCUCAACGCCGAGCCAGUCACCGCCGACCACGUCACGCGGGUACCACGCCGCCGCCACUCCUCGCCGGGCAGAUGGCCCAGCGACAAGCCGACUCGUCGACCUGACGACUGAAGAGGACUCCGCCAACGAGGACUCCGCCAACGAGAGGCCAGCCGUGGCCGUAAUGACUCGCCCCCCGCUACCCACACCCGGCGAAUAUGCCGCGGCAGUGGCCCGACGCAGGGCCGAGGAGCUGAGUGACGAGCUGGGCUCGUCUUCCGCCGGGCCGGUUCAGCCAACAAACCCGGAGCCCCGUUCAGCCAGGGACCGGCCACCCACACCAGCACCAGCACGCCGAGGCCGCCGACGGAGCGCGCCCUGGGCGGAUAGUCCCAGCGGAUCCUCGUCCGAGGAGGAGUUACCACACGAUCGCCAGGGUCACGCCCGCUGGCUACCAGUUCCCGACGGCUGGAGCACGCCCAACGGCACGCUACCCGCCGGGCUCAUCCGGAGGAUCCAACAGCGACUCCUAAUCGCCAGACGGAGGGCCCGGCGCUAUCUAGAGGAGGAGCAGGGCCAACGAUUCCGGGUGCAGUUGAACAGAGACGACCACGUACGGGUCUUCCUACACCCCACCCGGAAGUGA